AUGGUGAUCCAGAAGGACAUGCCAGUGUUGGCACCCCCAGGCCCUAACAAUUCGUAUUUACAGUAUAAUACCUCGUUCUCUACGCUGCCGUCGAAAAUCAAGGCUCCAAGUCGUCUGAGGAAAAAUGCACCAACCAGAUCCAACUCUGUUCGAUCGGCCCGUUCUACUCGAACCGAGGAUAGAGUGGAUGUGGAAGCCUACGAUCCCUUCAAUGACGAAAGAGAGGAUAUAGAAGAUUCUAGAUCCCUAUUCAGUGAGGAGAGUUCUAGAGAUUUGUGGCCGCAAAUGCCAUUGUCCAUUUCUCAGAAAGAUGAUGACUACUUACCAGAAACUGGUCCAACCGGAACUCCAAAGCGAAAGAAGACAGGUUCCACCCCAUUCAAGUCACCCAAGCCAAGCAAAGACGACGAUGAGGGCUUUAGCGAUGGAUUUCGGGUUUCGUACACCAGCUCUAUUCCUCAGCCAAGAUCAAGUGUCUCGAGUGGUGGUAACUUAACCAAAAAAGAGAACAAUAAUACCGGUAGUCAUCCCUUCGACGAAUCCCGUGCUUCGUCCGCAACCACAACCACAACACCCAUUCGCGUAUCCAAGCCUAGCGUAUUGGAUAAAUACAAGCCUAGCGGGCAGGAAGCGCGUGAGGGAUUUGGAUUCCAUGCUUCACAGCCCUCUCCAAGGCGGUUGUCACAAUCAAGUGUAUCCAGCGGCAAGCUUGUGUCUGCCAAUGAAACCGAACCCACCAACGGCUUCCGUUCCUCAUUUUCAUCCGCUUUCACCCCUCAAGGUGGUGCAAGAUUGAGCAUCGGAAGUGCCCAUACAUCCCAAGCAGCCGAUGACAAUGGAAGCGUAGCCUCCGCCUCCCAACGAUCCACAAAGUCCAGUGUAUUCAACAAAUACACUGCCAAUUUGAGCCAAGGUACCGAAAAGCACAAUGCUCCGAAGAUGGUAGUUACUCCACUUCGCGUCAAAAAAUCAAGUAUAUCCAACAGAUACUUGUCUGCAGUCGCGUCGAAGGGAGACGAUCCUUCGAAUUCGGUCAAGCCGGAAGUAACACCCAAUGUGGACGAGCCAGCAAAGACUGAGGAAAACGUCAAGACUGACUUUGGAAAAGUUGGGGCUCGUCGCAGAUCGUCGUCUUUUUCAACGGCCAAGACGGAUGACCCAGCAAAGGUUGAGAUGCCUGCCAAAACUAAACCUGGAAAGUUAGGGCCUCAUCUGCUAAGAUCGUCGUCGUUUUCAAAAGCAAAGAUGGAAGAGGCAGCAAAGAUUGAGGUCUCCGUCAAAAACAAACCUGGAAAGGUAGGGCCUCAUCUGCUAAGAUCGUCGUCAUUUUCAACAGCCAAGAUGGAAGAGCCAGCAAAGACUGAGGAGCCCGCCGAAAUUGACUUUGGAAAGAUUGGGGCUCCUCGAAGGUCGUCGUCUUUUUCAACAGCCAAGAUGGAUGAGCCGGCAAAGGUUGAGGUGCCUGCCAAAACUGAACCUGGAAAGUUAGGGGCUCAUCUGCCAAGAUCGUCGUCUUUUUCAACAGCCAAGAUGGAAGAGCCAGCAAAGAGUGAGGUCCCUGCCAAAACUGAAACGGCAGGAACCCAUCUGAGGUCUUCUUCGUUUUCUUCAGUUCCAAAGAUGUGGUUGCCGCCAAAAGAGCAAUCAAAGAAGACUUCUGUGCCCUACAGCAAGAAUUCUGCUUCGAAGGAAGAAAAUGACACGGAAAAGAUGAUUGAAUCUAGAAUUACCCUGGAAAUGUCGAAGAUGAAGAUUCAAUUCGACGAAGAAGUCCAGCGUAUCGAGGAACAGAUGGAGCAGAAGUACAAGAAUCGGAUCGAGGCUCUAGAGGAAAAGACCGAAAAGAUGAAUAAAAUCAUUGGGAAAAUGAUAUCCAAGAGAAAGAGUAUGGACAACACCGACAUGGAUCGCGUUGCAGUUUGA